AUGCCAUCACAGCCAAGGAGGAGAUCGAGAAAAAUGACAAGCAAGUGGCAUUGACUGAAUGUGAGAUGGACUCUCCAAGGUCUACAUGCACCCACAUGGAAGGGAAACAACAUAAGUGUCUAGACUGCGGAAAGUCUUUCAGCAUGAUUUCUCACCUUAUUAGUCAUCAGAGAACCCACACAGGGGAGAAACCGUACGGAUGCUCAGCGUGUGGUAAGAGCUUCUCUCAGAAAGGGCAUCUUGCGGUCCAUGAGAGGAUCCACAUGGAAGAGAAACCGUACAAAUGCUCAGAAUGUGGGAAGUCUUUCUGUAAGAACGCUGACCUCACCAGGCACCACCGAAACCACACCGGGGAGAAGCCGUACAAAUGCGCCGAUUGCGGAAAGUCGUUUAGCAUGAACUCCGACUUCGUUAGGCAUUACAGAACCCACACGGGAGACAAAAUGUACGAAUGCUCGGACUGUGGGAAGAGCUGUGGAACGAAGAGCCACCUGGUCGCUCACCUGAGAAUGCACACUGGAGAGAAACCGUUCGCCUGUGCGGUCUGCGGGAAAAGCUUUUCUCAGAAAGGGAACCUUGUCAUUCAUCAGAGACUCCACACUGAGGACAAGCCCUAUAAGUGUUUGGACUGCGGGAAGUCCUUCUGUAAAAACGCCGAUCUUGUCAGACAUCGCCGAAACCAUACAGGGGAGAAACCGUACACGUGCCUGGAGUGCGGGCGAACCUUUAGCAUGAAUGCUGACUUUAUCAGGCAUUACAGAACCCACACGGGGGAGACACAGCACAAAUGCUCCGAGUGCGGCAAAAGCUUUAGCAAGAAGUGCAACCUGGUCACACACAUGAGAAGCCACACGGGCGAGAAGCCCUACAAAUGCUCAGCGUGCGGGAAAAAGUUCUCCCUCAAAGGGAAUCUCGUAGCCCACGAGAAAACCCACACGAAAGAGAAGCCGUGCAAAUGCUUGGACUGUGGGAGGUGCUUCAGCGUGAACUCUAAACUCGUUGAGCACCAGCGACUUCACACACGAGAAAAACCGUACGAAUGCUCAGACUGUGGCAAAAGAUUUCGCUGGAUCGGAAACUUUAUGUCGCACAUACAGUUCCACUCGGGGGAGAAACCCUACGAGUGUUCGCUGUGCGGGAAAUCCUUCAUUAUACAGCACGACCUUGUUCGGCACCAGAGGACCCACACAGGAGAGAAGCCCUACAGAUGCGCGGAGUGCGGGAAAACGUUCAGUCAAAAGGGGAGCCUUGUUGUACACGAGAGAAUCCACACGGGAGAGAAGCCGUACAAGUGCGUGGAUUGUGGGAAAUGUUUCAACCUCAGCUCUUGCCUCAUCCGACAUCAGCUAACCCACACAAGUGAGAAACCCUAUAAAUGUGCAGAUUGUGGGAAAAGUUUUGGCGUCAGCUCUCGCCUCCUCCAACACCAGCAGAUCCACACAGGGGAGGUGCUUCAUAAGUGCUCGGAAUGCAGGAAGAGCUUCGCUCACAGAAAAACUCUUGUCAAGCACAUGCAAACGCACACACAGGAGGAGAAGCCACAGACUUGCUUGGUGUGUGGGGAAAGUUUCAUGGACCCUCCUGCUUUUAGCCAGCAUAAGAGAGUCCACACUGAGGAGAACUCCUAUGAAAUCGCCCUGUUGUGAUAAACAUUUGCAUAUCAGCCUUUAUAGAGGAAAUAACCCAGAGGAAGAUUGAGGAUGUCACAUCAGAUGAUAUCCAUCUGAAG